AUGGCCUGGCCCUGUAUCAGUCGGGUGUGCUGCCUGGCCCGCUUCUGGAGCCAGCUGGACAAGUCCGACCUCUCCGUGCCACUCACCAUCCACAACUACUCCGACAUCGAGGAGCAGGAGGACGGGACGCCCCGGCGCGGCGGAGCUCCCCCGCGGGGCAGCACCCGCCCGCCCGCCCCGGCCCCCCGCCCGUCGUACCCCGCCGCCGGGAAGCCGAGCGGCCGCAGGAAGGACCGGGCGGUUGCCACCGGGGAGCCCUUCUCGGCGGAGACCCAGUACCGACGGGACUUCAAAGCCUGGCCCCUUCCGAGGAGGGACGUCUUCCCCUGGGUCAGUGCCAGCAGCGCUGGCGGCGGCGGCAGCGGGAGGGACGGGGCCGCCCCCCAUCCCGCCCCGGGCCGCGCCGCCUGCGCCCUGCCCGGCAGCGUGGGGCGGCCGGCGGGGGACGGCCCCGAGCAGCUGCGGCCGCGCUCGCAGGCGGACGGCGGGCACACCACCUCCUACAGGCAAGAAUACCGCCCGUGGACUGGAGCAAAACCAUCCAAGCCUAUAAAGAUAAAGCAAGGCUUCAUUAUCCCAGAAGACCAUUUUGUUCAAGAGACAAGCUACAAGGCAGAUUUUAAGAUCCCAGAGGUGAAGACCAGGUUCUCUCCCAACCCUUCUGCUGUUUUCCAGGCGCCAUCACGGAUCCUCAACGUGUGA